AUGGAGGCCACCGAGGACAAAUCAUCGCCUUUCCUGCCCAUGUUCGAGACGUUCCGCAAGGAAUUGGAUGAACACCACGACCGCCGAGAACGUACCAUCAAAGCAUCGCGAGACAUAACCGCUGCAUCAAAAAAGAUGAUCCGCAAGCUCGCUCAGCCAUUACCCGCGCAUGUGAACAAGAACAACACACAAUACUACGACAUCAUCAAGGAGAGAUACAACACCGUCUCCUCCGAACUACAAGGAAUCAAUGCCUGGAGAUAUGCCCGUAAUAUCACUGGUGGCAACCAGGAGUACAUGGAAGCCGCCAUUUUCCAGCACUACCUGACCACCGGAACCUUGCUUACAUAUGAAGACUCGGUAGAGCAAUUACGGUCGCUAGGUGGAGAAGGCGGCCCCGUACAACUCACCGUCGAGGAUUACCUGCUCGGUGUCUUUGACAUGACUGGUGAAUUGAUGAGGUUCUCCAUUACUACAAUGGCUACGGAUGGCAAGCUUCCUUCAGUCGAAUCGGACGAUAAAACUGCUUCGGUCGACAGCAUGGAUGUGGACUCCAAAUCCAGCAGUCACAGAGAUGUUCUUACGGAUCUUCGUGCACUACGUUCAGAGCUGGAAGGCUUGAAUGUAGGCUUUGGUAGUUCCUUCGCUCGCGAUGUGGCUAAGAAGAUGGAUGUCAUGCAGACUAGUGUGGAAAAGGUGGAAAAGGCCUUGUACGGUCUGGUUAUUCGCGGAAGAGAGCGACCAAAGGGCUGGAUGCCCGAUCUCGACUCUGGUCCGCGCAGAGAUGUCGAAGUUGAAGGUUAA